GAGACAUUCCUCAGAGAGAGCAGCACCAUUUCUGAUCUUGGAUCGCUGGCAUCGUCGACUUGGCCUAUAAAUCACACGCUUCCCUGUCAAAGGAGCCCAAAUAGACUCUCAAACUUUCCCCUUGAUCAGAACGUCAUUAGGUCCUUUCAACUUGUCACACUUGAGCUCCACUGUGCCUCGAAAACUACUGCGAAACAAGAGUUGGGCCAGACCAUCUGAUCCAUUCUUCUCCAUCGCCCAAAUCUCCUCUAUCUCUCGCUCUUUCUUCACCUCUCAUUGUCACCUCUUCUCUACAGAUCCACAGCGCUAUAGAUUCCAUUCUUCAGCAUGCUCUUCUCUCACAUCCUCACUGCCGCCUCGGUGGCUUGCACCGUCCAAGCUGGACUUUUGCGUUUCAGACAGAGUGCUUCAGUACCCAAUUGUGCGGUCAAUUGUCUGAAUGACGCAGCGACGAGGUCUGGAUCGCAAUGCAGUUCCUCCAACGUGACAUGCCUUUGCUUUGACCCCAUGGUAUCGGGAUAUCUCUUGAGCUGCCUGGGAGGGUCUUGUCCCACCGCCGAAGCCAAUGAAGGACAGCAAUAUUUCCGCGACCAAUGUGAGGCCGGACAGGCCUUCACCGCGACUUCGUCAAGUGGAAGCUCGACAUCGUCCUCCCUCGCCUCAUUCAUGAGCACUGCUGCCUCUACCACGGAAACGGACACUGCCGCUUCUACAUCAAGCACUGUGACUAGCUCUGAAUCCGCUUCUGCCUCUACAAGCUCUAGCACUACCAGCAAUGCGCCCUCGACAAGCCGAUCCGAGGUCAUCGUGACUUCCACUUCUACCGCUAGCAACACUCCACCUACAACACUCGCUCAAGUGACUUCACAAACGCAGUCCACCGAAGCCACGACGGUAGUCACCGUGAUUCAGUCUGCGUCCGCUUCAAAUUCCCCCGCAACGACUAGUAUCGCCAGUAACACCGGCUCCGCCAUUCCUAACAGCUUUGUUCAUCAGGGUGUCGCCGCAGUAGUCGGAAUCGCAGGCGCUCUCCUGUUCUCAGUGUAGGGCCUAAAAGAAUUACACGUGGGCCAGGUCGAUGGACACUUUUACGACCCUUUUACAACAGUAUUCACGCAGAAGAAGUCCCUUAUGUCAGCGCAUUUUGACGAGAUGAACGAAGUAUAAUGAUAGUGUGCAUGCAUGCCGGGUGGCUUGACCAAACAAUGCAU